CGCGGCAAGCUGUACCUCGCGCCGCUCACGACGGUGGGCAACUUGCCGUACCGGCGCGUGUGCAAGGGGUACGGCGCCGACAUCACCUGCAGCGAGAUGGCCAUGGCGACCAACCUGCUGCAGGGCCAGGCGCCUCGAGAGGGCGCUGCCUGCGGCGGGCAGGCGCCGGCCCCUUCUCGGAGGCGUCCCGGAAGUUGGGCGCUGCUGCGGCGGCACGUGUCCGAGGACGUGUUCGGCGUGCAGAUCGCAGGCAACAGCGCCGAGACGAUGGCGCGCGCCUCGCGCGGCUCCUCGACGCCCCCCCGAGAUUGCGUCGAUUUCGUCGACAUCAACAUGGGCUGCCCGAUCGACCUCGUCUGCAACCGCGGCAUGGGCGCCGGGCUGGCGCAGCGCGCCAACAAGGUGCAGGGCAUCGUGCGCGUCAUGUCGCAGCAGCUCUCGUGCCCUCUCACCGUCAAGCUGCGCACCGGAUACGACAUGGACAAGCCGACCGCGCACCGGCUCGUCCCGCAGCUGCCCGGCUGGGGCGCCGCCGCGGUGACGCUGCACGGCCGCUCGCGCCAGCAGCGGUACACCAAGCUCGCAGACUGGGACUACAUCUCGCAGUGCGCCAGCGCGUGCCCCGCGCCGCUAAUUGGCAACGGCGACGCCUUCAGCUACGAGGACGUGGACAACGCGCUCAAGUCGGAGACCGGCAUCUCGUCCGUGAUGCUCGCGCGCGGCGCGCUCGUCAAGCCUUGGCUCUUCACCGAGGUCAAGGAGCGGCGCCACUGGGACAUUUCGGCCUCGGAGCGGCUCGACAUGCUGCGCGGGUUCGUGCGGUUCGGCCUCGAGCACUGGGGCACCGACACGCUCGGCGUGGCGCGCACGCGCAACUUCCUGCUCGAGUGGCUCUCCUUCCUCCACCGCUACGUGCCCGUCGGCCUCCUCGAGCGCCUCCCCUGCCGCAUCAACGAGCGGCCGCCGACCUACUUCGGCCGCAACGACCUCGAGACGCUGAUGGCCUCGUCGAUGGCGUCGGACUGGGUCAAGAUCUCGGAGAUGCUGCUCGGGCCGGUGCCGGCCGACUUCCACUUCACGCCGAAGCACAAGGCCAACGCGGCCGCCUCCGCCGCUAUUACCGCCGAAGGAUGA